GUAUCAAAGGCAGAAGGGUUGUGUUUGGGUGUCCCCACACCCUUGAAGACAGAAAGUCUAAGGGAUGCAGGCUAUGGUGCUAGUGCUUGUGCUUGACAUGAAGAUGCUGCUCUACCUACAGCAGACGGGAGCUGGACCAGAGUCCCCUUAUAAAGCCUGAAUCCUCCAAGAACUCUCUGUCAUUCAGAUGAAAACAGGAAGUUCUCAUCCUCAAGAAGAUGCAUGCCCUUCCUAAAGUGGAGAGAGAUUAAAAUCCAUGCUAAAUCCAGCAGUGGACCUAUACUUCACCUUUGCCACAUUAAGCUGUCUAGAAGACAUUCUUUGCCAAGUGGACUUUAUGAGUAUAAAGUGUUCGGUGUCCUGGAAGGUUGCUCACCAGCUCUUCUCGCAGACGUUUACAUGGACUUAGACUACAGGAAAAAAUGGGACCAGUAUGUGAAAGAACUCUAUGAGAAGGCGUGUGAUGGACAGAUGGUGGCAUACUGGGAGGUGAAGUACCCCUUCCCUCUGUCCAACAGAGAUUAUGUCUACACCCGCCAGCGGCGAGACCUGGAUAUGGACGGGAGGAAGAUCUACGUGGUUCUGGCCCAGAGUAUCUCUGUACCUCAGUUUCCAGAGAAGUCUGGGGUAAUCCGAGUGAAGCAGUACAAGCAGAGCCUGGCGAUCGAAAGCGAUGGCAAGAAGGGGAGCAGAGUAUUCAUGUACUACUUUGAUAACCCGGGUGGCCAAAUUCCGUCCUGGCUCAUUAACUGGGCAGCCAAGAAUGGAGUUCCAAACUUUUUGAAGGACAUGGUGAAAGCGUGUCAGAACUACCACAAGAAAACCUAAGGAAGGGACUAGGACCACAGCAUCUGUGAAAGACAUCUCUGGAUGUGCUACACCAACUGAGGCUCGUCCUUCCGUUUACACUUUCCAUCUUCAAAGCACUACACAUUCCCCAAGCGAGCUUGCCUCUGUCCGGAUCCAUCGUUGCCUUCUUUCCCACUGGUCAUAUUCAGAGCCUGCUACCUUCUUCCACUAUUGAAUAGGGGCCCAUGCUUGUUUAUGUUUCAUUAGGGAAAUCUUUAGUGGGGAGAAGGAGCCAUUUUGUUGUGCCAUUUGGAGGGGGAAUGAGUGAGAGGAGGAAGGAUGACAGGAUAUAAGAGCAGCCCUUCCUGGAAAGCAGGCUCACUUCAUCACUCUUGCAACUAGAAGUGGUUUUUGGUCCACAGUUGACCUUCCAUGUUCGAACACUGGAGAUACAGUGAUAUCUGUUCUCUUGAUGCUUCGCUGACUUGGAUAGGCUGGGAUUUGAGAUAACAAGCAAGUGUGGCUGUGUUCCUACUUGGGCAGGAUCAGUAGCUGCUGUGAUAUCAGACCACUCUGAAGAGUGUCCCAGGUCUGACUGAGCACAUGCUGAGAUGACCAUGUUUUCCUAAUUGCCCACAUCUGGAUUUUUCCUUUCCCAUAAUCCACUGAGAAAAUGUUGCCUAUACCUCUUGAGCUAUGCAUUUGACUGCAAGCCUGUGGCUUCAAAGAUAGCUUGUGUAUAGCCUGAUGACAGUGUCUUCCUAUGUGCUAAGGUGACUUUCCCUUCUAGAGUGUUUGGAGAUGUUGAAGGGACAGUAAGUUUACAACAGGGUGAAAUUGAAGUAGUGAUUUGGUAUGUUCUUCACCUUUUCCUUAGGAAUUCUACCUCUUC